CACUACCUGGGUAUUGAUGGUAUUCCAGCCGUUGAGAGCCACAAUCAUCACCUCAAGCCAUGGCCAGCCUCAGUACUAUCUCUACAGGCUGGCUCCCCUCAGCAUCAGCAGUUCUUAUCCUCCUCGUCGGCCUCGUUCUCUCCUCCAUUUUGAGAAAAAGCGGCAUCCAAAGAGAUGGACAGUAUCUCAAAAAACCACCCAACACGCUGCCCCUGGUGGGCAACGGCCUGCUCUUCCUCCAGGCCCGAGAGAAGCUCUUUGGCUGGUUCGUCAGGUGUGAGCGUCUCUUUGGCCGCGAGACCUUUGAGCUCUACGUGCCCAGCCUGCCGCCUGGCGUUGUCAUCAACGACCCCAAGAACCUAGAGUUUGUAUUUAAGAACGAGGGCGUCUUUGCCAAGGGAGAAUUCAUGAAGAAGCCCCUGUGGGACUUGUUUGGACAUGGUAUCAUCAACUCGGACGGCGAGCUGUGGCGGGUCCAGCGCAAAGCCGGCCUGAGCUUUCUAAACAACAAGAACCUCCAGGUCCUCACAGACGUUGCCCUGCCGCGAUACCUGGCCCAGAGUAUCAGCCAUCUCAAGGCCAGUUGUAGCGGCGGCGGCCGUCGCGAGGCAGACCUGCAAGCCGUGUUCCAUGAGAUCACGAGCCAGCUGAUGGGCAAGAUGGCAUACAACAUGGAAAUGCACGCCGAUGACGAAUUCAGCGUCGCUUUCGACUACGCCUCUGGAGUCUGUGCCGAGCGGGUGCAGAACCCACUGUGGCAGGUCACUGAGGUCUUCUUUGGCUCGAGGAUGAAGAAGUCUGUCGCCAUCGUUGGGGCAUUUGGCAAAAGAAUUGUCGACAGUGCCAUCGAGGACCGAAAGAGAGGACUGGUGGGUGGGGUUCCAGCAGAAGCGCCGGGAGCAGCAGCAUCUGGGAAUGAAAAGCUUGAUGAGAUCUCCGGGAGCCUGAUCCAGUCGUUGCUGGACUCGAUUGGAGACCAGCGUAUGGUCGCAGACGCAGCGCUGAAUUAUCUUUCCGCCGGCCGCGACACCACCGCACAGGCUCUGACAUGGACUUUUCAUCUCCUCAUGCACCACCGCUACGCCUACGCCAAGAUUCGUAGUGAAGUCCAGUCCCUCCUGGACGACGACUCCUCUUCCUCUUCCUCCCCCUCCCCUCCUCAUAGCGACGCCGGCCUCCCCUUCAACCCAAACCUCUUCACCCCAUCCGCCCUCCCCUACACCCACGCCGUUCUCCUCGAGUCCCUCCGCCUCCGGCCCCCAAUCCCCUUCGAGAUCAAACAAGCCCAGUCCGCCACCACCCUCCCAGACGGCACCUUUCUCCCUGCCGGCUCCGUCGUCGUCUGGUGUCCCUGGGCCAUGAACCGCUCCCGCCUCACAUGGGGCGACGACGCCACCGCCUUCCGACCCGAGCGCUGGCUUCAACAGCAGAACCACUCAGCCGCCGCCGGUGGCGGACCCGCUCCCGAGUUCCCUGUCUUCAACGGUGGGCCCAGGACGUGCCUGGGCAAGCGCAUGGCCGAGCUGGUCGCCGUGCAGGUCAUCGCCGCCGUGGUGUGGUCGUUUGACUUUGUGCCCGCCUACGAGGGGACUGAGAGGAGGAGCAAGAGCAGCCUGACGCUGCCGAUGGACGGUGGCCUGCCUGUGUUUGUCAAGGUGAGGAGUCGGGGUGGCGGCUUGACGGAAGGGCGGAGUUUGGGGUAGGCGAGCGGCUAUAGGAAAGCCAUUACCCAAGAGGCCCAGGUUUUUUUCUUCUUUGGUUUCUUAUUUUUUGGGGGCGGGGGGUUGACAUAUAUAUAUAUGUAUGUAUGCAUCUAUACUUCUUCCUCAUGACUGAUAUCUUCCUCUCUC